CCCCCGCCUUGGCCCCGCCCCAUUGUUGCCGGGCCCACCCGGGUCAGCUGGUGCGGCGUAGCUGCGGGAUGGGCGGGCUCCGAGCGACCCGGCAGGACUUGUUUACUAUGGCUGAUGAUCUGGAGCAGCAGCCACAGGGCUGGCUGAGUAGCUGGCUGCCGGCUUGGCGCCCAACUUCAAUGUCUCAUUUGAAGAAUGUGGAAUCCAGGAUCCUUCAGUGUAAGCAGAAAGGAGAGCUCACGCCACCUCUCCCUCAGCAGCCCCAGAGGGGAUGCAGGAUUUUCCCAGACACCAUAGCUGAGUAUAUCUACCACUGCAAUGCUCAGAAUCCCAGUGGGGAGACAGCAUUCAAAGCCAUGAUGGAGUCUUUCGGCUGGGCCCGGCGCCCCAUGCUGGAGCGGAUUCACUUGAUCCGAAAGGAUGUGCCCAUCACCAUGAUCUAUGGGGCCAACACCUGGAUUGAUACCAGCACGAGGAAGAAGGUGAAGAUGCAGCGGCCAGAUUCUUAUGUCCGAGACAUGGAGAUCGAGGGCGCAUCGCACCAUGUCUACGCUGACCAGCCUCACAUUUUCAACGCCAUGGUGGAGGAGAUCUGUGAUUCAGUUGACUGAGCUGCUCUCCACAGAGGAAGCGGAAGAAGCCAGAGAGUUGCUCUCACCUCCCUGUCUGCUCACUCACCCCUCUGUCCCCUCCUCACCACUAACAUGUUCCAGCCAGGCAGGGCCUUGGGCCAUCCCCAGGGCAGGACCACCGCCAUGGGCUAGGGACAGAAGCCACAAGAGGCCUUGAGUUCCACACCACAGGGAAGAACAUAAAGGGUUGCUUGUUGCCGCCCAUCCUCUCCAUGCCAAGUGUUGGUGGCUAUGACGCGCUUGCACUGAGCCACAUCCCCUCCCUGUGCAACGAGGGUGGGGGAGUGGCCUCUCUUUCCCUCCCCCUUGGGCUAGGGAAAGGUUCCCAGUUCUGGAAAGUGUGUGGGGGGUAGGUUCCCUGUGAGAACAUCCACACCCUCUGGCCCACUUCCCACACCAGUCCCAUGUCUGUUAGGACCAGUUCCCACUCAGAUCUCAUAAGUAGGCCCAGAACCGAAUCCCCUCCAUGGCUCAAGAGACCGUGCCCCUCACUAAUGGAGGAGGGCCAGGCCAUGGCUGGCCCCUGGGUACCCAGCUCAGUUCCAGGAGAGCUCAGGCUCAUCCCUGGCCUAUUCACUCCAAGUGUUCCUUGCUGAUUCCAUUCACUAAGGGCAGAGGCAGGUAUCGUUACCCCAGGGUUGGGGAUCGUCACUGGCUUAGGAGUCUGUCCUGUUCCACAUUCGAGUCCCGAGAGGCAGGGGCUCUGCUGUCUUGCCCUGUGUCUCUACCCUGGCUGCCUAAGCUGGGGACACACAAGUGCUUCCUUCCUGCCCCCACUUCCUCCCAACUGGGAGGCCUCUGGGCCUCCCUCUGUGCCUUGGGCCCUGCAGCCCCACUUGUAGGAAAGAGAGCAGAGGUGGCCCCUGAUGGAGAGAAGGAAAGGCCUUCCACUCUAGGAUGGUCUUGGGAUUCCCUGUGCUCAUCCCACAGGGUUCUCUGUCUGCCCCCUGAGCUGAGGCCCACACAAGCCCUUCCCGUGGUCCAGUGGGGAGCCUCUCACUAGCAGUCCCAGUCCUCAUCAGCCACAGGAUGGUUCUUGCUGCCUGGCCUUCCAUCUUCCCAUCUGCUCCCCAAGGUCUCCGGCUCAUCCCACCCCAAACCUACCUACCUGUUAGUCUCCCUGGGCUGGUUCCAGGUGCUGGUCUGAGGAUCUGGGUGAUAGGCUGGGCCUGGGCCCAGAACCAGGACAGCCCCUGCCUGCCCCUCCCCCUUCACUUUUGUAAAGCCAACCCAUCCACCAGAUAGUAUUAACUCCUGGUGCUUUGUACUACUGGUCCAGCUGCCUUGGGCUCCUUUUCUAUAUUAAUAAAGAAAUGAGUCAAAACU